AUAACGUGUGAAAGAUAAGAGUGUCCCAAAGUGGAUUUCUAUGUUAUAGCGAUACAAAUUAGAGCUAUUAAACUACCGUGUUUUGUGCGUCAAGUAUGAAUACGAAACUAUUUUGCGCGGUUAUAUUUUCUUUUUUUGCAUUUUGUGAAUCAGUAUGUCCAAACGGCUGGGUGAGAUACGAGCACUCGUGCUACCAUUUUGGACACACAGCUUACAACUUUCUGGAUUCUCAGAGGCAUUGUGAACAUUACGGUGCUUCGCUGGUAAACCUUGAGUCCAAAGAUGAGAGCGAUUUUCUCAAAGGAUUUUUGAUGCUUUUGAGUGAUCAACAGCACUGGAUUGGACUAUCCGACGCGACAAACGAAGGUAUCUGGACCUGGUAUCCUUCGGAAAAGCGUGCGGAAUAUACAGACUGGGAUCAUGGUCAACCAAACGACGGUACUGGAGGGAACUGUGGGGCCAUUGUUGCCUCGCACAACUAUCACUGGGUUGAUGUUCCAUGUAGUCGCCAGUUCAAGCCAGUUUGUGAACUCGUCGACGAUGAAUCGAUUAUCGUUGGAUAACCUUCAAUAAAAGGAAAUUUUUACGUGUUUUGUUAUUGAAAUCAUUAAUCGAACAUUAAAAGGAAUAAACGGCGGUCAGAGUCCACUUUUUUACAGUA